GUUUAUUGUUAAUUACGCGGCCUUGCCACCGCAUUUUCGAGAAGUUACAAAACUACCCUUCCCCCAUAUGCACACUAAAACGAAAAAUAAAAAAAAUCAACGUUCACAAGUUUCGAACCCAGGUCCACGGGUUCGUACCCGACAAACAGCCAGCAUUUUGGCCAGUUAGGCUACUGGCACAUCUUACUUUAUUUAACCAUCUCGUUUAUGUUUAUUAUUUAAAAUGCUUAAUACGAAAUAUGAAAUACGGAUUAAGUUAGUGUUGCUUCUUGUCGUGUACAUCGAAUUUCUUCUUAAUGAUUAAAAUUCUUGCAUUCAUAUUAGUAACAUCAUAAUAAUCUAAAUGAAGUUUUAUUAACAAAAAUUAAAAUGCGAAAAUUAACGUUCAGUGGAACGUGGUAAAGUUAUAAUUAUAACGAUUAAGUUCAAGCGAACUACGUGGACUUUGAUCCCGUCUUACGGGUACGUAGGCAACCGAUAAGGUUCGAGUCCAAUUAAUCAACUAACUUUAUCUUUAAAUUUUUACGUCAGUGGGCGUAUAAUUAAAUUACAACUAAUAUGAUUAAAUCAUUAAAUGGUCCAGCGGGACCCCUAAAAAUUGAAAAAUUAUUACUAAAAACACACCCAAUUAAUAUAAAACUUAUCAAACUUAAGUAGUACCGAUUUAGGGCGUUGUGGGGGUGUUGCUUAACUUCCCCACACGUAACCGUACUCCCGAACCCAUAUCUCUUAACUGCAGACCAUAUCUCGGUUCUGACCCUAAGGUUAGAGCCGACCGAAGAGUGUUCGAUCCACUCCAAGUAAGAUCGAUGGCGACUCCCAAAAUGCCGACGCGACGACAUUCGGACCCCCGGACGGGACGGUUGCGACAGUUGGCGACUCCGCUGGGGACUUUGAGAGUCGAACUACAGAACUAAGUUCGAUAAGUUUUCUAAUUUUCUAUUACGUGUUGGGUGUUUACUUUACUAUUUGCGCAAUUAUAUUUUCGCAUUUAAAUUAUGCAUUCAUGCAUGAAAGCUCUAUACCCGAGCUAUCCCAUUAGAAACGGAAAAGGAGUACCGUGACUUUCACAGUGGUGGUAGUCACGCAAAACUUUCCAACCAAGUUGAACUCAGAUCCGAGGAUGAUCUUGAGGUAUCCAACCAGCUCGUAAGGGCUAUGGCAGGAUACAACUUGGGGACCAAAUCCCUAGGAAUUCCUCUGCGAGCAUGUAGUAAGCAUAGAGGCCUCCCUAAACCGUCCAAAAUAAUCCCGAAACAACCCUAGCACCACGUCAUUAUGCCCUCUGAAAGCCCUAGGUUUUCCCAAAUAGUGCUAUAUUUUUAUUAUCUAUAUAUGUAUGUUUUCUACUGACGUGAUAAUUUGUGGUAUGUUUUACCAAUCGCGAUAUAUUUAUUUGUGAGAACAAUAUGAAUUUUCUUUUCUUCUUUGAAAAAAAAAGGAAACUCAUAAGCAUCAUUCUCUUUUUGGGUUUUCGCUUAUGCAUUCAAAAUAAAUCUUGAGAACAUUUUCAAAAUGCACGUGCAUCCAAUGAAUCAUCUGUGCAUCUGUGCAUCGCAUAAGCAUCAUACAUACUCUCCAUUACUCAUUCAAGUCAAUUUAAUAAAAAUAAUUGGUCAGGGUUCCUUAAAAUUGCUCGUCCACAAGGAAAGAGUCAAGACUUCAAGUACUUAACUAGAUCCAAGCUCGAGGUCGUCAUGGAGGCAUUUCAAAAGGAGUUGAACGACAUCAAAGGAAAGCUGACCGGUUUUGACGAGAAGCUAGUGGGGUUCGAUGAGAAACUAACGGGCUUCGAUGAGAUGAAAAGCCAGCUCAACACAAUAGUGAGCAUAUUGUCCAGAAAAGGGAAGGAGGUUGCAACGAACGAGGAAGAAAUCGUAUUUGACGACGACGAUCACUAUGAGCAACCUCAGGGAAACGUCUCAGGCAGUAAAUUCAUUCUCAUACCUUCGAAGAACACAGGCGACAAAGGUGAUAUUGGGUCAUCAAAGCAUGACAAAUCCGGAGAACCCGAGAAGCAAGAAGAACAUAAAAUCGAAGCUAUGCUAGAAGAAAAAUUAGAACACAUUAAUGAACGAAUAAGAAGCAUAGAAGGAGUUGAGUCGUACGAGCCUAUGGAUGCAUCACAACUAUGUCUAGUCCCGGAUGUCGUGAUUCCUCACAAAUUUCAAAUGCCAGAAUUUGAAAGAUAUAAUGGCACCACUUGCCCAAAAAGUCAUCUGGUCAUGUACUGUAACAAAAUGGCCAACCAUAUCCGAGAUGAAAGGCUAAUGGUACAUUGCUUCCAAAACAGCCUGAGUAGUUCUGCCCUACGAUGGUAUAUGCAACUAGAGAAAACAAAAGUGAGAAGAUGGCAAGACCUCGCUGAUGCAUUCAUGAGGCACUACAAGCAUAACCAGGAUCUGGCUCCAGACCGAGAAGACCUGAGGAAUAUGGAAAAGAAUGAAAAAGAAUCUUUCAGGGAAUAUGCUCAAAGGUGGAGAGAGAAAGCUGCGGACGUUCAACCUCCUCUGUCAGAAAAGGAGAUGGUGUCAAUCUUCUUCGGAACACUAAGGGCUCCAUACUACAACAACAUGGUCGGAAUUACGACGACCAACUUUGCGGAUCUGCUUGUAAUCGGAGAGCGAAUAGAAAAGGGUUUGAAGCAAGGUCGGAUGGAAACCCCAGAAGCCUCUAAGAAACCACACCAAGCCCGAAGAGGAGAAGCAGAUGUCCAUUAUGCUCAAACAGAAUUAUCCAGAGGAAGAAGGUGGGAUCAUCAACCUCAGGCCAAUCAAGCCCAUCCAUGUGUUGCAAGUGCUGCAAUAAUUAAUCAACGUCCAACUUUUCCUACUCAACGAUCCAUCCAGAGCCCGACACGAGUCGCACCACCACCAAAUAACCAAAAUCAGAAUAAUUAUGAGAGAUUCAGGAAACCCAUCCAAAUCGAUCCUAUUCCUAUCACAUACACUGAACUUUUUCCUCAGCUAAUUCAAGGUAACCUAAUCUCCCCAAUACCAUGUGAACCUAUGAAACCUCCUUAUCCAAAUUGGUUCAAAACAGACCAGCAUUGUGCUUACCACUCGGGAGUAGCAGGACACUCAACUGAGGAUUGCAGAUCGCUCAAGAUCAAGGUCCAACAAAUGAUGAAUACUGGUUGGUUAAAGUUUGAUGAUGAGCCAAAGCGUCCGGAUGUCAACAAUAACCCACUGCCAACUCAUGGGAAUUAGUAGAUAUACUACAAGGCAAAGCUCGAUUUAAGGAUGAUGUUGAUCCUACCUAGUAAAUAAAAUAUCGAGAUAAUUUGCUUUAGCAAAAUAUGUAUCACUUCUGCUUUUAUCAUAAUAAAUAAAAGGUCUUUCAUGUUUCGACCUCUUUGGAGCAUUGUGUGACCACUAUCGAUCUAAAUUUAAGAGUUUGCAUCAAUGUUUUUAUCAAAAUCAUGAAUGCCACUUCGGAUCCUUUUCUUUUUAAAACGGAUUUAUCUUCUACAAAAAUGAAAGCCAUCAAAAUCCAGUUUUAUUUUCAAGCUAAGCCAUGAGAUUGUCAUGCCAAGAAAAUGUGAGCACCCCACUGGUGCUGAGAUUUGGGACACUCCACUGGCGUCGAGCAAUUAUCAACACCAUGCUACUGUCCUAAUUUUGAACACCCACUGGUGUUACGAGUGUACUUGUUUUGCUAAAAUCGAGAGGUGAACACCCUACUGGUGUCCAUGAAUUAUGUGAGCUAAUAGUCAAAGGGUGUAAUGAGUAUACGACAUCAUGCUAUUUGUAGAAACUCGUCACCAUUGUAGUAGACUUUUGCCAACAAAUUGAGGUUUAGUUUGCGUGAAGUCAAGUAGCCAAAUCCCGAUGCACGGGGAGCCUAACAUUACUAUCAUAGCAAGUAAAUCCUCACAGAGUCUCAUGACUAGAAUAUCGAGGAAGAUCAAGGACAUAAUUUAUCAUGCAAAGGAUUCACACCAAGAAAGCAGUCUUAUCCUCGAUUCGAGAGCUUACCUCCUUACGGACGGAGCGUCUAUUAAACUCACACGUCAAAGUCCGAUCGUGAGAUAUUUGCGCAAUACCGGCAAGCAAAUGGCGUCAGCAUCCCUACUUUUACCAAAAAGAAUAGCCAAUUUAAUCUAGUUAUGGAGAAGUGGCACUCACAUCAUCGAUCAUCAAGAAGACUCUCUACCUUUCGAUAAUCGUCCUACCAGAUACAAGUGCUAGAUCAGGGAAAAUGUGAAACACAUAUGGGGCAUGACAGAGUCCAGUAAGUCCCACACAUACAAAACAAAGAAAAGAGACAAAAGAAAAACAAACAAAAUGUCGUGGGACUUACAAUCUAGGUGCCCCCGGUUUAGCAUUUGAAGUACCAAAUACCUGCACCAAGCCAAAGUCUUGCCCGAUCAAUCUCAAGAUACGACAAGAAGGACCUUCAAACAGUAAACUGUGAUGAUAAGAAAGUCGUUCUAGCCAAAACCCAUCAUCCAAAGUACUCAUCAUUUUGAGAGAAAGCCAGAAGCUGAAAAUCCACAACAUUCAAAAUUUAGAGGCCAAACAAGGACCUCGACAAGUCCCAAGCCAGAUUGCAUUCACGAAAAUCACAGCCUCGGCUAGAGAAAAAUACUGGGGGGCAAAUCCAGCUGAGAAUACAUUCUGAGAAAAUCCACCAGUAUUUUCGAACAAGACUUUGUCAGCAAAUAGAUCCAGAUAAUAAGUGGUUCUUAAUCCAUCAAGUCAAUCCCAUACUUUGGGGGCAAAUCCAAAAUCCCUCUACAAGAAGCUUUAUACAGAUAUUGUCGAACUACACCUCAAGAACAAGGAGACUCGUAUCCUCAAAGUCAUAUCGGAUAAAGGCCUCUUUCAUGGGAAACUAAGAACGUUAGUGACGAAGCCAUAUGCAGGUCUCCUAAAGCAAUCAUACCAAGGGCUUCCAUAUUUGAGUAAAUCAUCAUAAGGAACACAUUUGGCCACAACAUAAAGCCGACAUCUCAAGGUGACCAGAAUCUUAAUGGUAGCUGAAGUGUCGUACACUCAAAUCACCUAUAGGAAUGAGUGAAGAGCGAAAUCCAAAGCAGGAGUGAGAGCGAUCAAAAUCGAAGGAAAGCGUGAGAGCGAGGGCUUACUGAUAUUCUCAUGGCUUGGCUUACAUUUCUCUUAGAAAACCAAAUUUGGCAAUAUGACAACUACCACAUAAAAACGGUUUUGUCCA